UUACUCGUAAAAACAAAACGCUCUAUUUCACGCUAAAUCUAUCACAGAGAGAACAACAAAUCAAUUUCCUUAUUUCAGAUAUCGGAUUCUUAGCUAUGAUAAACACCAACCGAAGAAAAUUAAUCAUAUCUUCUCGCGCCUCUUUCAUUUUCCUUUUCCUUUUCUUUUUCUUUUUCCUCACUAUCUUCAGAGCUUCCGCUCAAAAUCCUUAUUACCUGAAUCGUAAUUGUUCAAACACGAAAACUUUCACAAGAAACGACACUUACUUCACCAAUCUCAAUACCCUAUUGUCCUCUCUCUCUUCCCGUAACGCCUCUUACUCCACCGGUUUCCGAACCGCCACGGCCGGACAAGCCCCCGACAAGGUCACAGGACUUUUCCUCUGCCGCGGAGACGUGUCGGCGGAAGUUUGCCGUAGCUGCGUCGCCUACUCCGUUAGCGAAUCCUUAAAACAGUGUCCAAAUGAGAGAGAAGCUGUGUUCUAUUACGAGGAGUGCAUUCUCAGAUACUCUCACAAGAAUAUUCUAUCGACCGUUACGUACAACGGAUAUUUACUCAUGGACAACACGAAUAAUAUUUCUUCUAAUCAAAAUCAAAUAGAGCAGUUUGUAGGUUUGAUGUCGUUUACCAUGAACAGAGCAGCCCUCGAAGCAGCCAACAGUUCUAGAAAAUUGAGUACGAUAAAGAUCUAUUUAACCGAACUCCAGACAGUAUACGGGUUACUUCAGUGCACUCCGGAUCUUACAAGACAAGACUGCUUAAGCUGUUUGCAAAGUUCCAUUGAUAGAAUACCUCUUUAUCAAAUCGGAGCAAGAUUUAAUUAUCCGAGUUGUAAUGCAAGGUACGAGGUUUACCCUUUCUACAACGAAAGCGCAAUUGAAACACCACCAAUAUCAGCCCUUCCACCGGCUUCAGCUCCUCAACCACCACGACCUGGAGAAGGCCGAAACUCCUCUGUCAUAGUUAUCGCUGUUGUUGUUCCAAUCACCGUCCUUUUUCUUCUUUUCAUAGCUGUUUUUUAUUUCCGGACUAAGAGAAAAAGGACGAUUUAUGGGACAGAACCACUAGCUGGAGACAGAGAUGAUCUUACAACAGCAGGGUCACUUCAGUUUGAUUUUAAGGUGAUAGAGGCAGCAACAAAUAAUUUUUCGCAGAGUAACAAGCUUGGUGAAGGUGGAUUUGGUGAAGUUUACAAGGGUACAUUUCCUAGUGGAGUACAAGUUGCGGUGAAGAGGCUAUCGAAGACAUCAGGACAAGGUGAAAGAGAGUUCGAAAACGAAGUUGUUGUUGUUGCAAAGCUCCAGCAUAGAAAUUUGGUAAAGCUGCUUGGUUAUUGUUUAGAAGGAGAUGAGAAAAUACUUGUGUACGAGUUUGUGCCCAACAAAAGUCUUGAUUACUUCCUCUUUGACUCUACGAUGCAGAGCCAGCUCGACUGGACCAUACGAUACAAGAUCAUAGGAGGAAUUGCUAGAGGAAUUCUAUAUCUUCAUCAAGAUUCACGACUCACAAUCAUACAUCGUGACCUCAAAGCGGGUAACAUCCUCUUGGACGCUGAUAUGAACCCCAAAGUUGCAGAUUUUGGAAUGGCCAGAAUUUUCGAAAUGGAUCAAAUAGAAGCCAAUACGAGAAAAGUAGUUGGAACCUAUGGUUACAUGUCCCCCGAAUAUGCCAUGUACGGCCAAUUCUCAAUGAAAUCAGAUGUUUAUAGUUUUGGCGUAUUAGUUCUUGAAAUUAUAAGCUGCAAGAAGAACAGUAGCCUGUAUCAAAUGGAUGGUAAUGCUGGAAAUCUGGUUACAUAUACUUGGAGACUAUGGAGGAAUGGGGCGCCAUUAGAGCUUGUGGAUCCGUCUUUUGGAGAUAACUAUCAAACACGCGAAAUUACCAGAUGCAUCCAUAUCGCUUUACUCUGUGUUCAAGAAGAUGUUGAAGAUCGUCCAACUAUGUCAACGAUCGUCCAAAUGCUCACUACUAGCUCAAUCGCUCUCGCCGUGCCUAGACCACCUGGAUUUUUCUUCCGAAGCAAGCAUGAACAAGCAGAACGAGCAGGUCCAUCUAUGGAUACAUUUGCUCUCUGUUCCGUCGACGAAGCUUCCAUCACUUGUUUAGCUCCUCGUUGAAGACAAAACUUUUCAUAAAUCCCAACUUCUGUGAUAUAUGAUUCUAGCCAAUUAAGAUUGACAGUGAACAGAAAAGUCGUCUAAGUUAAACUGGUUACAUUUUUUAUUUUCUUUAUGUGCAAAACAAGGAUUC